GGAGAAGGUUCCUGUCGGAGGUGUUUUGAAGCGGAAACUUCCGUGAACGCUGAAAUCAGCUGUUUGUCUUUGAGUGUUUGACGCUCCGGGAUAUCGUUUUUAUUUUCAGCAACAACAGGAGGUGUAAUUUAUCUGACCUUUGACCUCAGACACGCCUUGGAAGCCGCUCGCUGACGUUAGCAGUUAGCCCUCGGAGCUAAUCGGUCCACUCGCCCUGCUGCUAUCCGGGGACGCACACCCGGAGUCCGGUGCUUAUAGUCAAACCAGCCGGGACCUCGGAACGUUUCCUGCGGGGUUGUAGGCAGGAGAGAGCCGUUUCAUGUUACCCCCGGGGCCGAUGUGGACUCUUUAAUGGGAGGCGGGUCGCCCCGGGGGAGUGGACGCUGUCAGUUUGGAAGAACGCGGAGCUCCUGGCUUCCUCUCGGGCUCUCAUGGAGUCUCUGGCCGGGUAUGUGUACAAGGCGGCCAGCGAGGGCCGAGUCCUGACCCUGGCCGCGCUGCUACUGAACCACUCCGAGGCGGAGACGCAGUUCCUGCUGAGCUACGUGACCCACCUGAGCGGCCAGAGGUCCACCCCGCUGAUCAUCGCGGCGCGGAACGGCCACGACAAGGUGGUCCGGCUCCUCCUGGACCACUACAAGGUGGACACCGAGCAGACCGGCACGGUUCGGUUUGACGGCUACGUCAUCGACGGUGCCACGGCGCUGUGGUGCGCAGCCGGCGCAGGACACUUCGAGGUGGUGCGUCUUCUGGUGAGUCACCACGCCAACGUCAACCACACCACCAUCACAAACUCCACCCCCCUCCGAGCCGCCUGCUUCGACGGGCGCCUGGACAUCGUUCGGUACCUGGUGGAGCACAACGCCGACAUCAGCAUCACCAACAAGUUCAACAACACCUGUCUGAUGAUCGCCGCCUACAAAGGCCACACAGAGGUGGUGAGGUUCCUGUUGGAGAAGGGGGCGGACCCCAACGCCAAGGCCCACUGCGGGGCCACCGCGCUGCACUUUGCGGCCGAGGCGGGACAUCUGGACAUCGUCAAAGAGCUGAUGCAAUGCCAGGCGUCCAUGGUGGUGAACGGGCACGGCAUGACGCCGCUGAAAGUGGCGGCGGAGAGCUGCAAGGCUGACGUGGUGGAGCUGCUGCUGGCGCACGCCGACUGUGACCCUCACAGCCGCAUCGAGGCGCUGGAGUUGCUGGGUGCCUCGUUCGCCAACGACAGGGAGAACUACGACAUACAGAGGACGUACCAUUACCUCCAUGCGGCCAUGAUGGAGCGCUACCGCGACCCAGACAACAUCAUCGCCAAGGAGCUGUUCCCGGCCGUCGAGGCUUACGGAGGGCGCCGCGAGUGUCAAACGCUGCAGGACCUGGAGGCCAUCAGGGUGGACCGCGACGCCCUGCACAUGGAGGGACUGAUGAUCCGGGAGCGGAUCCUGGGCUCGGACAAUAUCGACGUUUCGCAUCCGAUAAUCUACCGCGGCGCCGUCUAUGCCGACAACAUGGAGUUUGAACAGUGCCUCAAGCUGUGGCUGCAUGCCCUCCAGCUGCGGCAGAAAGGAAACCGCAACACGCACAAAGACCUGCUGCGCUUCGCCCAGGUGUUCUCGCAGAUGGUCCACCUGAAGGAGCACGUGUCGGCCGCCGCAGUCGAGCAAGUGCUGGGUUGCAGCGUGCUGGAGAUUCAGCGCAGCAUGGCUCGCGUGGAGGCCGCUGCCGAGUCCGAGCUGCCGCAGGCCAUGGAGAAUUACGAGUCCAACGUCUUCACCUUCCUGUACCUGGCGUGCAUCUCUACUAAAACCACCUGCAGUGACGCGGAGCGCGCCGCUAUCAACAAGCACAUCUACGACCUGAUCCAGCUCGAUCCGCGGUCACGUGAGGGCUCCUCGCUGCUCCACCUCGCCAUCAGCUCCACCACGCCGGUGGACGACUUCCACACCAAUGACGUGUGCAGCUUCCCCAACGCGCAGGUCACCAAGCUGCUGAUCGACUGCGGUGCGCAGGUCAAUGCCAUCGACAACGAGGGCAACACGCCGCUCCACGUCAUCGUCCAGUACAACCGGCCCAUCAGCGACUUUCUCACGCUGCACGCCAUCAUCAUCAACCUAGUGGAGGCCGGCGCGCACACGGACAUGACCAACAAGCAGAACAAGACGCCGCUGGACAAGAGCACGACAGGCGUGUCCGAGAUCCUGCUGAAGACGCAGAUGAAGAUGAGCCUCAAGUGCCUGGCGGCGCGCGCCGUCCGGCAGCACCAGAUUACGUACCGCAACCAGAUCCCCAAAACGCUUGAAGAGUUCGUGGAGUUCCACUGACGCCGGACGGACACUUUUUAAAAAUGUUUUUCUAACAGUUCACACGGUGCUGAGGUUGACAGUUCAGAUCAUUUUUUUUUUUUUUUAGCAUUUUUAUAUUAAAAAAAAAUCUCUUUUUUUUUUCUUUUUGGCGGCGCUGGGCAGCUUCCUGUUUUGCCUUACUUCUCUGCCAGGAAGCUGCCGAAACGCCGCCAUGUUGCCGCGAUCAUGUAAGCAGAAAUGAUCGGGCCGAAGGAACGAGUGCCUGAAGAGACGUCGCCAGACGACCGAGCUCAACCACCAAUCAGCCGCCACGCAGAGGAUUAUUUUUUAAUUGGAGAGAAGUUUUUAUCGGGGUUGUUCCUGACUAUGGGCGGAUAAAGGCUGAAUUCAAACAUCUGAUUUCUGCUUCAUCACAUUUGAGUUAAACUUUUUCUUCUGGCUCUAAAGAAACUGUGUGCGAACACUCCUGCUCUGAAUCCUUCCACGCCCUUUUAUUUAUAGUUGUGGGUAUUUAUUUGGGCAGCGUUCAGCAUUUUUCUCAUCAGCUGUGUCAGGUUUUGUUUUUUAAUGAGAUUUCUGAUAAAAUAACUCCAAAUGAGCUGCUUUGGCUUUCUCUCUGAGGAAUUCUAAGAAAGAAACAGCAUUAAAAAAAUGUCGAAGUUUAGUGUUGAAAUCGAGGGAUAGAAAGAAAACAGCCGACCUUUACACGUGGUUUUAUCAGGUUUGUCUGAAUGCAGAUUUUAUAUCCCAAUAAAGUUAAAGUUUUUUUUUCUAGUUAAUCCAUAAAUAAGUGCCAAAAAGCCUCCACUGAGGGUCAAACUGGGGUCUCGAAGCCUGGAUUCAGUUUAAAAAGUGUUCAAACUCAUGUCUUUCCUCCUGUGUUGUGGAAAUCAGCAGGAGUUACGUUUUGAUGCCAUAACAUGACAUUAUUAUCUAACAGUUGAGGCAAAGUUUUAUUUUAUUCUAACUUUUGACACCAGGAUGUGAAAAACGAGCCAACAAAAGGCUUGUCAGUCAGUCUCUUACGGUUUAGAUAAUGAGCACAUCUCGAACUCAGUGAAUCGUCUGAAAGCUGCAACUUGAAAACUUCCGACUGACACGUGGGGAGCUGGUGCGGCAACACCUGGGCGCAUUAAUGACCAUAUCUGCGUCACCCUUGCACACUUGCAGACUUGAAAAUUGACCGAGGCGUUGGGGAUCUAUGGCCCGUGGCAUUUACUGUAAUGUUUUGGCGUUUGUUGAAAGCCUCUCGUGUUGGUGAACGCUCCGCUGCAAGAAUCAAAGAUUUUGAAACUUAAUCUGAAACCAAACAAGGAAAAGAAAUCAGUUUUGAGUACAGGUUUCAGAUUUCUGCGUCGUAGCGCGGGCAUCACCUCACCGGGAUCAGCAGUGCCUUUUAAGUAAAAUGUCCGGAUAGUCCCGACUCCCAUCCAGUCUGAUGGGCCAGUUCUGGGGUUAAGUUUUAAUAUAAGCUUCGUUAAAAUGAAUAUUUGAAAAAUAAAUGAUUAUCUUACUUGGUGCUAUCGUUUAGCGGUAUGAGACGGGAGUCAGCGGGUUAAUUUUCCAGAUCUGGAGCAGAAUCCUCCAGGAGGAACGUUAGAGGAUGAAGGUUUUGAUCGAUGCUCUGCAGGCGUUUUUUGCAUUCCUGCUGGAUGUUGAAUAUGGACGCCGCUGCGUUUUAUUUAUCUGGGAGCAGCUCCGACUCUUCUCACGUCCCUCCCGUACUGAAGCUGCCUGUCACUUUAUAAACACCUUUAACCUAAACGUCACGUUCGUUAACAUGUGUGCUCAGGUCGUUGAGGUUUAAAUGCUCGCUAAGGCCCAGCCUGUUUGGUCCAAAGUGAUGAUUUGCAGCCAGAUGAGACGUUUGAGAGCAAAGCUGUGGAUGUUCCAGCAGAGGCCCACUCUUAUUUUCCACACAGGUGCCAAAUCUCACCUGCUCUCAUGUUUAUUGCAAUAAUUUGGAUGUUCAAAUGUAGACCUGAGGUGGGAAUGGUGUGCGGUAUAAAAAAGUGUUGGUGGAGAUGAAAAUCUUCAUGUUUAAGGAUCGAAUCCUCCUGUUUCCUGCUGAUGUUUCCUGGUCCGAGCGCCUCCUGUGUUUAACAUCAAACUUUAUUGUAACACCUGGGAGGACGGCCAAGCAUUCGAGUUGUUUUACUCCGUCUGUUUGGGAGCGCUCGGACCUCGAAAUGAUGUUAAACAUCAGAUUUAACAAGCCGAUCAUGGCGGAAACUUUCUCGAGGCUCUGCUUGGUCCACCGUUUGGCGUCCUGUAAUCAGGUGUUGGAGAGCGUUUGCUCUCCUAAUAAAACUCCAGCUUUUAUUACCCAUGUGCUGACAGGGCAUUAGUCUGUGCCAUCCACAGAACUCGUUCUGUUUAAUUCAUAAGGUUUGUUUUUUAAAUGUAUCACUGCAGGAGUGUUUGUGUCCUGGUGGGACUUUUUUUUUUUUUUUUCCAUUAAAAGCAGGUUUCUGUGGCUGAAAUGAAGCCAAAGAUUCUCAGUGUGCCGGAAAACUUUAAGAGAUGUCAGCUGAUGGGUACUUCCUGCAGGGUGAAUGCUGUUAAAUUAAAGUUUUCUGUCUGAGCUCA